AUGGCCCCUUCAGCAACUGAAAUUCCUAUAGUAGCCUCCAAGACCGAGGCUGAAUACUCAAGUGGCAACCCUGAUCUCUGUUUCCCGACAGACGUCCCCAAGGGACCGCCAGUAUUUGAGGACAAAUAUGAAGAACGGAAAUAUCUAAAGCAAAGACUAGCUCUCGCCUUCCGCGUGUUUGCCAAAUUUGGGUUCUCUGAGGGAGUCGCAGGUCAUAUCACUUUGAGGGAUCCUGUUGACCCUAAAAGCUUUUGCGUUAAUCCGUUUGGCCUGCAUUUCUCGCUUAUCACUGCUGAUGAUUUGAUUCUUGUUGACCAUACAGGAAUGGUGGUGGAUGGCGGAAAGAACAGAAUGUUGAAUUAUGCUGCCUUUGCCAUUCAUUCAGAAAUCCACUCAGCACGCCCGGAUGUUGGAUGCGCUGCUCAUUCUCACAGUGUAUACGGGAGAGCCUUCUGUGCUACAGGCCGUACCCUUGAUAUGCUUACCCAAGACUCUUGUGUCUUCUAUAACGAUCACGUACUUUACGACAAUUUUCAGGGGGUAGUCCUUGCUUCAGAUGAGGGUAAACACAUUGCCAAAGCCCUGGGUCACCGAAAGGCUGUGCUGCUCGGAAACCACGGCUUACUCACAGCUGGAAAGACAAUUGAAGAGGUCGUUGCAUACUUCGUGUUGCUUGACAAGUGUUGUGAAGUACAACUGGCUGCUGAUGCUUCUUCGGCUGGUAGCGGGAAGCCACUUGUUCACAUUGGUGAGAAGGAAGCUCAGGUAACAUGGGAAGCUUUAGGUCACAGUGCAAGUGGAUAUUUCCAGGGUCUCCCACUAUUUCAGACAGUUGAGGCAGAAUUUGGGCAGCGAACAUUCUUGGGCAGAGGAGUCGAGCCAAUAUGA